AAGCUAAGUUGGCCCGAAAGCGCUCUCUCUUUCGCUGAAACCCUAAAACCCCCUUUCUCUCUCAAUCGCAUGAAUCUUUCCUCUCUUUUUCCUUCCAAACCCUAAUUUUCUCUUCUUCGUUUAAUUCAUCAAAGCUUCUCACCCCCCAAAACGCUCACUCUCACAAACUCCCUCUCUCUCUCUCUCCCUCUGUCUCAAUCGCUUCACACACUUAUUUGCCCAUUCCGUACGCGUUUCUCUUUUAUUCGCCAGGGCUACUUCACUGAAGUUUCGUGAAGGGUGUAACACUGUUAAAUUGGAAGUGUAAUGGCCUCGUCCUUGGAUAUGUCACUUGAUGAUAGAAUAAAGAACAGGAGUAACAGAGGGAGAGGUAGAGGGGGCCUUGGCAGAGCCCGUUCUGGCCGUGGACCAAGCGGGACUCUUAGUGGUGGAAGAAUGACUGGUGCUGUUAAUAGUAGAAGAGUGCCUGGUGCUGGUAAUGGUGGAAGAGCAACUGGUGCUGUUCGUAGAGGUCCUCUUAUGGUUAACACUCGACCAUCGUCUUAUGCUAUUGCCAAGUCUAUUCGCAGAGCUAGGCCUUUUCCAUGGCAGCAUGAUUUGUUUGAAGAUAGCCUAAGAGCUGCAGGGAUUCAAGGAAUAGAAGUCGGCACGAAGUUGUAUGUUUCGAAUUUGGACUAUGGAGUGACCAAUGAAGAUAUAAGGGAACUAUUCUCUGAACUUGGAGCCUUGAAGCACUUUGCUGUUCAUUAUGACAAAAAUGGACGUUCAAGUGGUUCAGCUGAAGUUGUUUAUACCAGGAGAAGUGACGCAUUUGCUGCUCUUAAGCGAUAUAAUAAUGUACUUUUGGAUGGAAAGCCCAUGAAGAUUGAGAUUGUAGGUUCCAAUGCGGAAUUGCCUAUAACUGCACGAGUGAAUGUCACUGGGGUGAAUGGACGGAGGAAGAGGACUGUUGUCAUGACGCCUAGAGGUGGUCAAGCUGGAGGUGCUGCUAUAACUAAUCGUGGUGCUGGCUGGGCACGUCGCGGUGGUUCAAGGAGUGGCAGUGGACGUGGUCGGGGCCGUGGUCGGGCUAGGGGUGGAGGUGCCCGGGGUGGAGGUCGAGGUCGUGGAAGUGGAAGAAAGGAUGCUGUUGAGAAGUCAGCAGAGGAACUUGACAAGGAACUGGAAACCUAUCACGCUGAAGCCAUGCACAUCUCAUGAGAAGUGGGAGUUUAUUUUGUAAUGUUAUUAAUCUCAAGAUUUGUGGUUGGCUUCCUUGUACAAAAGGCUCGUUUUCUUGGCGAUACUAUGGAUCUUUUAGUGCUUUAUGCUUUUAAAUAUGCCAUCCUAUUUGACCGCAUUUAACUCGUGUUUGAGGUUGAAUGAUCAAUGAGUGAUUUUUGAACUUGUCAAAGACAUAGAUUAUAGUCAUAUUUGCGUAUCAAUUCAUUAUAUUAUUUGUAAUUGUCUUGCUCCCGUCAUCUCUUGUAAGCGUUCAGCUAGUUCAGUGUGUUGCAAAGAUCAACAGUUACGGGCAGCAUGUACAAGGAAAUAUUUCCAUCAGGAGUUUUAAAUUCUCAUCUCUUUGGAAACUU